GGGUAUGGCGUAAAUCUGGGGUGUAAUGCUGUCAUUCAUCACGCGCCUCGUAAAAACGACACUGAAGACUCUGGGCCAACAAAUCACUGGGAAAAAAAUUAUGAGUUCUUCUUAUUAUGUGAAUGGACUUUUUAGCAAGUGUACGACGGGCAGUUCUGCUUUUCAGAGCGCCGCAGACAGGGCGCCGUGCCCGGAGAGAGCCGCGUACAGACCGGGACCAACCGCCUUUCACCCGUCUCUGCCCGGACUUUACAGCGUCAGUAAUGCAGCCUACCAGAGUCAUCCUGUUUUCAGCCCCGGGUACAGAGCAGGCGCGGAUGCCUACGACCUGCCCUGCGGCUCUUUCGACCAGAACCUCCUCUGCAGUGACCUGCCCAGGGGCGUCUCCGGGGCGGUGGGAGCCGGCGACCUCGGCUCGCCCACGGACGAACAUCUCCGGCUAUAUCCGUGGAUGCGCUCUUCAGAUCCGGAGAGGAAGCGAGGUCGCCAGACGUACUCGCGGUACCAGACGCUCGAGCUGGAGAAGGAGUUCCACUUCAACCGGUACCUGACCCGCAGGAGGCGCAUCGAGAUAGCGCACGCGCUGUGCCUGACGGAGCGCCAGAUCAAGAUCUGGUUUCAGAACCGGAGGAUGAAGUGGAAGAAAGACCACAAGGCCGACGGUCCCGGUCCCGGUUCCGGUCCCGAUUCCGCCGUCGCCGCCUCUGCGGAUGAGAAGGAGAAGGAGAAGGACACAGAGUUAGACGCUCAGGCAGACGACAUCGUGGAUGCGCCUACGGUCAAAUAAGCUAUGCCCAUUCAUGUAAAAUGAGUCAUUUGGGUACUGGAUCUUACUUAAAAUAUGGAUCAGUUUAAUUACAAUUGUAAUUACAAUUUAAGUUCUGGUGAAGGAGUAUUCGCCCGCAAUCUUGUUAGCCUGAACUUUUGAAGCUCAUUGGAAACUCCCUUCAGUGUAGCACCGUCAUUGGGGCAUCAGUACGCUACCUAUUUAUAUUUUUAUUUAUAUAUUUUUAAAUACAGUAGUUAAAAACAUUUAAAAACCGCCAUAUAAAUUGUGUUACCCAACAUUCCUGGAACGAAAAUAAAAGAAGAAAAACACAAACUACCUAUCGGAGGAUUCGCUGUCAGCCCUAAUUCAUUUUAUCCAUAACUAUUUCUUCGAAUCUCGGAAUUAAGGCUGUGCGACGUCUCUUGUCGCGUGCACAAAACACUGGGAUUAGGGUUUUUAGUGAAAAUUGAAACACAUUCGUGGUAGAGCGAAACGAAUAAAAACAUAAAUAAAAACAAAAACUGCCAAACCCUACCUUGAAUUAUUUGCUGACAGUUGAGGCCAAACAAACUCUGACUCUUAGUGGCUCUCUGUUUUUUGUAAAGUGUCUUAAUCGUGAAAAUGGUCAGCAUGUAAAUUAUAGCAAAUAUUUUUAAUAAAAAAAGUCGCAAGUCGCUGUGUUCUGGCGUAUACGCAUGCUUAAUUACAUCCAAAUGUGUGAUGUGCAAGAAUCGGCCUACCUCACAUAUUUUUUUGUGAAAAUUAUGUUUAAAAAAUAACCUUCAAGUAAGAUGUAGGCAAACGUUGGUGUGUUUUACAAUGUGCACUGUAAGCUUGUUGUGUUUGUUAUGACGUUUCUCGGUAUUUAUUGUAUAUGUUUCAGAAGUGUGUGCUUCGCGCGUAUGUAUGUUUACUUGUAACAGGCAAAGAUGUUUGAUUUAAAUGUGAUAUUAUGAGCAUUAUAGGUGUGCGUUCAGUUUCCUUCGUAUUAGGGGCUUAUGUCUGAUUGUGUCUGUAAAAAUAGCCUAGUUCAAUCAAUCCGACAAUUUAUAUGGUAUUAUACGAUAUUUUGUAGUACAAGUGAACGAAUAAACACAUCCGAGCCAUUA